AUGAAAACAGCGAAAAAUAAAUUAACUCCAGAAGAUAGCAAUACUGGGAGAUGGACCCAAAGAGAACACAAAGCAUUUCUAUUAGGUAUUAAGCUUUAUGGGAAAGAUUGAAAAAAUAUUUCUGAGUACAUUGGGACAAGGACAUCAGAUCAAGUAAGAAGUCACGCGCAAAAGUACUAUUUGAGGAUUGCUAACGUGAAAAAAUACCGAGAAGAAGCUCAAGAUUUUGUAGCGAAAGAGUUUGAGUUAAUAGAAGGGCCAAGAUCACAUCAAGAUCAAGCCACUCAGUAUGGAGAAGGCAUGACUUUCUCGGAUGUUCCGUUGACAAGUCCUUUUGACUCAACUGAGUAUAAGAAAUAA